AUGAUUUCGAAGAAGCUUCUCAACUAUCUUCUUUGCUUGGGUCUUGGAACCAAGGGUAUAGCUCAAAUUCUGUCCCAGGCGGAUGCUAAUUUGAGAUGCCCAUCGGGACAAAUCGCUCAUAUGCUUCCAGAUGGAUCUGAUUGGGAUCCUAACGGCUGUAAAGAUGUAAGAGACCCGAUCUUCAUUAUUCCAGUAACUUACAACGCCUUAGCCACCGGUUCCACCACCACCAACUUCCAGCGGUGUGUGCUUUGGCAACGCCUACACAGAUCCAAAAACUGGAUAGCAAGGCUGUUGCAGAGGCAAUACUGCGUUCUCCUUCGACGCUGCCUCUUUGGAAGGAAAAUGCUGUGCGCCUGGCGAGGCAUUUUCAUGGGAUUCAGUGUCGAAUGUGGGUAGUUGUUGCAAUAAUGGAGUUUCAUUUACUUGCUCCUGUGGUUCUGCCGCGGCAGCAGCCCCUGGUCAGCAACCAUUAUGUGAGUGAUGUUUUGGUUGCAUAUAUCAGUCAAGAAUAGUUCUAUUGGAUCUCUACAGCUCUCCCAAGACGAAGUCAAUUUUCUAAUCUAUAUUAGGUCCUUCUACCACUUCCCCCACCUAUACCUCCGGCGGAAAAACAUUCAGGGUUCUAGGUGGAACGAACACUUUCGGCAAUAGUCUUCCAGGUCAAGCAGGUACCGAUAUUAAAGACUUUAUUGAUAAGUGUGCCCAACAGCCUGGCUGUGUCAGCUCUACAUAUUCCGCGGGAAUGUGCUUCCCGAAGAGUGCCCUCACUUCACCGAACCAACCCAAUGUACAAACAGACAGCGUGGAGCUUGUUAUACCUAACAUUGCACCCUCAGAAAGUUGUCCUGAGCUUGGCGUGAAGGGAAACGAAAAACGAAUUGAGGGAGGUAAAGCUUAUAGCUUCUGGUGUGGUGAAUAUCAGAAAGGAGCUCAGUUUGUACUUUAAAAAUCCCAAGCAGCCACGGUGCAGGAAUGCUUACAAAAGUGUAACCGAAACGCGUGAGUCGUUUUCAAGAUGCGAGGGCCUUUUAAGAUUCUGAGCGAAAUGCGUAUCGAGAUUUCCAGAAGCUAGUGUUUCUCUUGUUAGGAAAUGCCGCGGAACUUUCUAUGGCUGGAAAGCCGGACGCAGACAAUGCGAAUGUAAUUUGGUUGGCUCGAGAGGUGAAACUACGUUACUUACUGGGGUUGAUGAUGCUUUUGUCGGAGCCGGUAAGCCAGAGCUUUUAUAUAUCUCUUGAUCUUUCACUGGACUAUACUCUCGAGUUCAUGAAUCUUAUCACCAAUCAUGCCCAUGACACCUGCUCAAAGAGAGACAAGAAUUUCAUACAGUCAGGGUUUCCAAAAGGGAAAUAUCACUAAUUAUUCACCAGUACCUGAUGGCCUCACCGACGAAGAGGCUGGUGUAUGCCCGGCAUUAGGUGUUGAUGGCAAACAAACAAAAACAAUCGGCGGAAAGAAAUACAAAUUUUACUGCGAAGAAUAUGCCCGUUGCAGCAAGAGUUAUACCGAAGCGCCAAGCGUUGAGCACUGCGCCGAGAAAUGCUCCAAAGAUGCGUAAGUGAGAACCUAUCGUGUGCUGGUUGUAUCUAUAUAACUAAUUUGCGGUAUCUGCAGAACGUGCAAAGGCGUACACUACUUGUAUAAGGGACCAAGACUUGGCGAAUGUGGGUUCAAGAGCUGUGACACUGCUCCAUCCACAUCUCAUGCCAAUCUUAUAGGACUUGGUAAGCUCGAUAAAAACAUGUAG